GAACACUCAAAGUAAAAACGUCUAAUGUCCGGCUAAAAUGUGUACGGGUAUUGAUCAUUGAUCCAAAAGACUUUUUUUUGUUAAAAAAAAAAAUAUUUUUGUUAAUUUUGGCCACAGGGCAAAGAGAAUGUCAAUUAAAAGAGUUAUCAAUACAGCUGUUACCAGUACGACUGUUAAUAAUGUACGUCUGUUUAUGACAACAACAAAACUGAAUCACAGUCCUAAUUUAAAAAAAAAACAAGCACCUCAAUUGGACCAAAAAAAGUUACAGAGACAAAAGGAACUUGAAGAGGCCAAAUUGAGGAAGCAAAUUAUCACUCCACCAAUAGAUCCUGAUUCAGUACCUCAUCCAUUUUGGUUUAAUGCAGAUCGACAGCGUCAAAGUGCUAUAUUAUCUGAGAAGGAACUGGAAGAAAGAGAUUUAAUUUUGAAAGAUUGGUCACGAUUGCAAAUGAAUAAUCACAUGGCAUGCUUACAAAGUAUAAAAAUAAAAGUGAAAUGUCGCACCAAUGCUUUGCAAGAACUUAAAAAAGAGUCUGAGUUUUUAUAUAACCAAGCAAUUUUAGUGGACAGACAAAUGUUUCCGUUAACUUUAGUUGGGCCAGUUGAAACACCUCCACUAGAUGGUUAUGAAGCUCCUGACUUUGUUACAGAAAAAAAGUAGUUAAUAUUUUUUUAUUGUUCAACUUUUUAAUCUUUAUGUGAUUCAAGAACCUUUCCUUUAUUCUAUAGUGAUAAAUUUUAUUUACUUGUUACUUUAAAAUACCUGAAUAUAUGUAUAUCACACGUUUUCUAAAACAAACUAUUCAUACAUCAUACUAUUA